AUGUUAAGCAGAGAUUCGAUGGUAGAUACUCAGCAGCCCACCGAACACAAGGAGUCCUUUUUUGAGAAGAUCCUCGACCACCACAACCAUCACAAUAAGCAUGGAAACGAAGGCCAGCCGACCGAGGACAAGCCUCGGGGCGGCGAGAGAGGACUCCGCUCCGAUCUGAAGAAAGACGAGGAAGGCCUCAAAGAAUACCUCAAAGAGGAUGAGCAGCUCGAAGAAGAGGAAUAA